UUACUGUAUUUGUAUUUGUUCUCGAAUAAAUACAAAUGCCAUCCGACUCAGACUGCAACUCUGCAAGACUGCAACCGCCUGCGUAUGGGUCCCAGCAAGAUGACGCCACACCGUGUGUGUACUACUUUCUCACUCUCUGUCUUUCUCUACGAUUGAUCUCGCACUCCAUUUCACCAAAAUCUCUUACAAAGCCAACUACCUCGGUAGCGAACAGAGUUAAAGAGGAACUCUGGAAAAUCUCCAUGUCUAUGGCUUUGACGCACAAUUUUGUAUCUUCUUCUUCUUUACUCACUCAAAUCCAUCGUUAUCACUUCAUGUAUUUCACUUCUCAAAUCUCUCCUCCUGCUCUUCUUGAAUCCUUUUCGAAUUCUUUUCCUAUUCGCUGCAAGUUUUUUUCCGAGCGCGAAAACACAGUCAUUUUCUCUAGAAAAAGGAGCAUUUUGAAUGCUUCCCCCAAUAAUACAAAUCCAGCAAGCUCAAUACCAUUGAGCUCAGAACAGGAUGCUUAUGAUGUUCCAAUGCCCGUAGUUCUGAUUGAUCAAGACUCUGAUUCUGAUGCAACUAUUGUACAAAUCAGCUUUGGAGAUCGUCUUGGAGCUCUCAUUGAUACGAUGAAGGCCUUGAAAGAAUUGGGAUUGGAUGUAGUAAAAGGAUCUGUUUUCACUGAAGGAUCUGUCAAGAAAACAAAAUGCUUCAUUACACGUUUGGACAGUGGGCGCAAGGUUGAAGAUCCAGAUAUGUUAGAGAGAAUUCGACUUACCAUCAUUAACAAUCUUUUGAAGUACCAUCCUGAAUCCAGUAAGCUACUUGCCAUGGGUGAGGUUUUUGGAAUAAAAGCUCCUGAGAAAAAGCUCGAUGUUGAUUUUGCAACCCAUAUACAUCUCAAAGAAGAUGGACCUAAGCAGAGCUUGCUUUACAUUGAGACAGCAGAUCGACCUGGAUUACUUGUAGAAAUCAUUGAAAUCAUGGCUGAUGUCAAUGUCGAUGUAGAAUCGGCAGAGAUUGAAACAGAGGGAUUGGUAGCCAAAGACAAAUUUCAUGUCAGCUACAGAGGGGCAGCAUUAAACAGUUCAUUGUCUCAGGUGCUGGUGAACUCUCUGCGAUACUAUCUUCGAAGGCCAGAAACAGAUAUUGAUAGCUACUAAUACAUCUGGUGGAUAUACUUUUCAACUGUAAACUCUGUGACUAUCUGUGUCAAAAUGCAAGUGAGAGCUUUAAGUGACCUGUUGUGUGUUUUAAUAUACUGAAAGAUCAUAUGAAUUUGACUGCAAUCUGAGGCUCAUGGAACAAAAUACCCGUGUCUCCCUUCUGUUGUUCAUUCUCCGAGUAAUAAUGUACAAUGCUGAAACUGUUAAUCUGUGCCUCAUUAUUUGCCUUUUUCUUUUGUUUA